AUGGAGGAGGAGCGCCUUUGGAAAUUCAGCAAGCCGGAAUGGCUGAACAGCAUCUGGGCGCGUAACUCUGGCGUCUACGGCGCCGGAGCUUUGUUCUCCAUCGCAUUCUACGUUAUGCUGGACUCGGCCGUCUGGUCCAAGUCGGCCAAGAACGGCUCCGACACGCAUGUCACCUUUGUCGACUGGUUGCCCCUCAUCUUCUCGUCGCUGGGCAUGCUCAUCAUCAAUUCGGUCGAGAAGGCGCGGCUGUCGGCGGACAGCUUCUCGUACAGCGGCAACGGCGUGGCGUGGAAGGCGCGCGUCGUGCUGUUCCUCGGCUUCGCGGCGCUCGCGGGCGGCAUGGCCGGCGGCGUCACCGUCUUCGUGCUCAAGUUCGUCGUGCGGGAUGUCGGCAUGCCGGCGCUCGGCAUGGGCAUCGAGAACGUGGUCGCCAACGCGCUGGUCGGGCUGAGCAGCGUCGUGCUCUGGGUCAGCCAGAACAUGGAGGACGAGUACAGCUACAAUCUCGCCUUGUGA